CUCGGAGCUCCAAAGACCGACGAAGAGGCAUGCUAUAUCCUCGACCAGCUUCUACGCCCUUUGCAGACGUCUGUUGGAGUUGUCGUAUUCGAAUUGCUGGUCAGCAGCGCGGCCUUUCUGAAAUUGUGACAGCUCGACAUCUCUCACCCUUCAUACCAGGAUCCCGCCCUAAGUUUCGAUUGAAUGCGUUGGGCUUGCAAGCAUUGACGCGACAAUCGUUUCAUGCAUCCCAAUUCCGCCCUCGAGCUUCAGUUGUAGCUGCGACGACUGACCCCUCUUCACUCUCCACUCCCGAUUCCCUUCCCCUCCAUGCCCGCACAAGCCCAACUCGGAAGGCGUUGCAAAGGUGGCAGGAUGAAUAUGGCGGACCGAAUGAAGACGACCUCAGAGCCUUCCCGAACCAUCCGGCGUCUGGAGAAACAUCGAACAACCUGGCAAGGAUGAACUUCCCAGGCAAGUCUGAUGAUGAUUUCAAUGAACCUUUUGACAACGAUGAGGAUGAAAUGAUCACCAUCGGCCUCUUCCUUAAGCCUGGUGAUGUUGUCGAGUUGAGAAUGCAAUCACGCGAGCCUGUUCUCGCCGCCUUCGUUCAAGAUCUUCAAAGUGUGUCCCAAUUUUAUACAGCCACUGGGAAAUGGUGCCAUACCAAUUUGCAAAACAUACGAUUCGCUAUUCCUGGCUGCAUUGAUCCGGCAUUGGUCAAACCCAUCAUCCCAUACUUGCCUACCAAGUUGGACACCCUCGACAUCAAACGGGCUAUGCAUGUGCCGCUGGCUUUAGGCGCCCCUGUGUUGAGUAUCCUUGAACGGCUGACCAACCAAUCCGAAGACAUAUACCGAGGAAACGCUCAUGUCCUAGACAGCGCCUACUCAACUCUUGCCGAUCAGACACGUACGCGGAUGAUGACCUUGACCCAGAUUGCCAAGACUCUACUUGGACGCAAUGAUCCGGCCUGGAAACCCUCUCCGCCGGCACUUCUUGCAGUUCGCAAGGCAUUAAUGCACAACGAGUUCCGCUUUAGAUCCGACUAUCGUAGCCAACGUUUGACCAAUGUUUUCGCCAUUAGACCAAAAGGUGAAGUUGAAGUCAUCGAGGCCGUUCGGGACUGGGUGCGGCAAUAUCUCGAGCACGAGGCUCAACGAACGACCCAGACUAUCCCUAAUUCCUCAUUCAAGGCACAAAAUCCGCCCGAGGCGGUAACUUACAUAGCUCAGUUCAUCGAAAAGGCCCGUCGUCUGAUUGCCCGGAGCCGUGAGCUGCGAGAUCCUCUUGAAGGAUUUGUCGGCCCCUGCAAAGCCCGACUUGCGCACAAAGAGAAGUCGCCCGCGAUGCACAUCACAUGGGGUGAGGAGUUUAGCACCACAGAUAAGCAAAUCAUCACCUUUCUCCAGGCCUGGGUGUUGAUGAUGCAGUUCCACAAUAUUCCCAGUUUGCAGUCUGCCGGUGUAGCACUCCUCCAGGCAACUGGAUGCUACGAAAAAUACAAUAAGUUUAGAGACAGACUCGACAAGAUGAAUAUGAGCACUGGUCAUUUGUUCCUGCAAGAGAUUGGAGUCAUCACACCGUAUGAAAAUAGGAUACUCCACGACGAGUCACUCAUGCUGCCUACUGUCCGUCUAUCCCGUAACCUAGAACUUCUCACCACCAAAGCAGAGUUGACCCGACGACAACCGGACUUCCGCGACUCCAUGGCAGAACUGCGCCGGGACUGGGGUGCAAUGAAUGUGUACUGUAUCGAUAAUCCUGGUUCUAAAGAAAUAGACGACGGUCUUUCUAUAGAGAAAGUCCAGGGGAAGAAGUCCGAUUACUGGAUCCAUGUUCAUAUUGCGAAUCCGACGGCCUUUUUCGAUAAAACUCAUGUGUUGUCGGGCCUCGCGGCGCACAUGACUGAGAGUGUGUAUGUCCCCGAGCGGUCGUUUCCCAUGCUGCCUACAUGGGUCACGCAAAACUAUUUCAGUCUUGAUCGCAAUCGGCCAGUACUCACAUUCAGCACGAGAGUAGACUUAGCCGGGAAUAUUUUAGAGACUAAGAUCCAACCAGGUAUCAUUAGGCAGGUUAUACAUGUCUCGCCGGUGGAGGUAGCCGAAAUCCUCGGGGAGCAACCACUCGCCUCCGUCCGGACAUUCGUUGUGGGUGGAGAGAUUCCAGAUUCGUACAAGACUCAGCCGCGCAAACAACUUCCCCCUAGCCAGGUCCAGGAACUACGAGACUUCUACACCGUUGCCCGUUCUCUAUGGGAGAGGCGUAAGGCAGCCGGUGGAAUCCGUGGCGCAACAAUGCUCGCUGAGCCUCAUGUUUUCGCCAAACCGGGGCGGAAAGGGUUAGAUUGGGCUCCACCAUCUACUGAUAGGGCUCGAUACAUUCAUGGUGACCCCAUCAUUGAGUUGAGGAGUCAGUUAGGCCGACGGACUCUUAACCAGGACCUUGACGCGACCAACAUCACGGAGGAAAUGAUGAUACUCGCCGGUCAUGCAGCUGCCUCUUGGUGUGCAGUGCGAGGUAUUCCCGUCAUGUUCAGGGGAACAAUUGAAAUGCCCAGGCGACCCGGUGUUUUGUCUCUGGAUGAAUUCAAAGAAAAAAUUCUGCAACCUUAUUUGGAUAGAGAUGCCGAAAUUUCUCCCCUACUAUUACUCCAAUACCUGCAAGCCGUUGGUCGGGCCAUAACGCAUACUUCGCCCAUAGUGCAUAAAAUGAUUGGAGUUGAGAGCUAUCUCAAGAUCACGAGUCCUCUACGGCGAUUCAGUGAUAUGAUCUCACAUUGGCAGAUUGAAGCUGCUCUCCGACACGAAGCUCGAACUGGGAAGAAAUUCAGCGCCGACGAAGUUCAAAACGCUGCCCGACCAAUCCUCCCAUUUUCCCAUCGACAAGUGCAAGAGUCCAUCAUUACUCUCUCGCCAAGAGAGAACCUCAUUACGAAAACCAAAAAAAUCUCCAACUUGUUUUGGGCAACACAGGCAUUCAUGCGAGCGUUCUACUUCAAAGAAGCAGAGCUUCCCAAAACCUUCAAAGUCUGGGUGAAGAAGACGAAGGAGAAUUUUCUCAUGGUAGAGACUAUUAUAAUCGAAUUAGGGGUUACGGUUCACUUGGAGAGGCUGAAUGAAGAUAUGCGCGUUGGUGACGAGUGGGAAGUUGAGAUUUAUUUUGUUAGUGCCUUCCUCAAAGAGAUUUUUGCACGGCCAAUUCGGCUUGUGGAACGACCGACCUGGACGCUAUCCUAGAGAGCUCGAGCAGGUCCGAGAAAGUUGUUAGUAUCUGGCGUUGGGCAGGUACAAGCUAUUGUACUAUAAAGCUCUUACCAGCAAUUGCCAUUGCAUUCGAAGAUGGUAGGGCAGAGCUUCGUGUGGCUUUGGCCUUCUUUCUGUUCUUCAGUAGCUCCAAGGCUUCCACCACGUCGCGUAUUGCGUGCGACAUCAGUCGAGGUGGCGUUAGUUGUGG